UCUGCUCAAACUUGACUUGGGCGCUAAUGUAACUAUUAUGAUUUUUAGAGAUAAAAAGAAUUUUCAAGCUAAGCUGAAAUACUGUCUAGGAAAGAUUAGGAAAUUUCGAAAUAUCAAAGAAAGCACCAUGACAUGAGCUUCAGAACUUUAAUGAAGACUAAAGUUUGAAAACAGAUGCACCCAUCAUAAUGGUGUCUGAAGGUGUUGAACGAUAUCGCCGAAGUUUGAGUCAGGAGAAGCCAUGUUUUAUGUCUAUUCUCACUGGAGAGUGGAUGGAAAUGCCAGACUCAGCAAGGCUGGGAAAAUGUCGGUCAGUGAUAGAUUUUGAGAAGUUAAACAGAGUCGGAGAAGGAACAUACGGCAUUGUUUACAGAGCCAGAGAUACACGCACAAACAAAGUGGUGGCUCUCAAAAAAAUGAGGAUGGAAAGGGAAAAAGAUGGAAUCCCCAUCAGCGGUCUGCGAGAAAUCAACAUUUUGUUGAAUCUGCGGCAUGAUAAUAUUGUGGAGAUGAAAGAAGUUGUUGUUGGGAAGAGCUUCGACAGUAUUUUUCUGGUGAUGGAGUAUUGUGAACAGGACUUGGCGUCUUUGCUUGACAACAUGGCAGCUCCAUUUUCAGAAUCACAGGUGAAGUGUAUUGGCAUCCAGCUUUUGAAAGGUCUACGAUAUCUCCAUGAAAAUUUCAUAAUUCACAGAGAUUUGAAGGUAUCCAAUCUCCUGAUGACUGAUAAGGGUUGUAUUAAAAUAGCUGACUUUGGUUUGGCUAGGAAGUACAGAUUGCCCAUGAAAGCCAUGACACCUAAAGUGGUCACUCUCUGGUACCGGUCACCUGAAUUACUUCUUGGUGCUAAAACACACACAACAGCUGUAGAUAUGUGGUCUGCUGGAUGUAUUCUGGGAGAAUUGUUAGCUCAUCGACCUCUGUUACCAGGACGAUCAGAAAUUCACCAGAUUGAACUCAUCAUUACUAUGUUCGGCACCCCAAACGACAGUAUCUGGCCUGGAUUUUCUUCUUUGCCAGCACUGGAAAAUAUCUCACUGAAGAAACAGCCGUACAACAAUUUAAGACACACAUUCCCCUGGCUGUCUGAUGGUGGUGUUCGACUUCUGAACUUCCUGUUCAUGUUUGAUCCUGUGAAAAGAGCCACAGCUGAGGACUGUCUGGACUGUUCGUAUUUCAAGGAGCAGCCUCAUCCUUGUGAACCAGAGUUCAUGCCUUCCUUUCCUCAACAUCGUCUGAAGCGAAAGAAUGCCGAUUCACAGAAGGAAGAACAAAAAUCAAAACCUGGUUCAUUCAAGGAAUUUGGAAGCAGCUCACAUCUUACCUUGUCUGCCAAGAAACCAAAAGUGUGAUCGUGAAAAAUAGUUUGCCAAGACUUCUUAUCAAAUGUUUAAAAACGUGGUUUACUGGGAAUGUCAUAAUCCACAACAAAAACCAAUAAGUUAUGAGCUGUUGCAGAAAGGAUUCGAAGACCUUAUUAAAAUAUUCUAAAAGAAUGUUCAGAGAGGGUGAAGUCACACUGAAACAGCAAUUUUCUUGACUGACUGAAAAUCAUCUCUAACAAAUCACAAAUAUAAAACUGGACAUUUAAGAAGGUGUGCAGACAGCAUUAUCGUUACCUGUGCAAUAGUAAAAAUGGAAGAAGUGUUCAAUCGGAACCAACAUAGAUAUUCCAUACGGAACAUGUUGACAAUUCUCUAAAAACUGCAACUGACUGUACAGUUGUGAAUCGGAUCCUUUUUAUGGAGUGUUUCACUUGUUAUUUGUCAAUGUACUAUUGCAAACAUAAAUGGAAAAAAAAAUGUCCAUUUGAAUGAUGAUAUGCAUAUAUAUUAUUAUGGAUCACAUAAAUACCAAAGGUUAUAAUUGGAAAAAUUCUCAAUAUUCUUCAGCUCUUUCAUCAUCAUUUUUGAUAGAUCAGUUGAAACAUUUGGAAAGCAACUGAAACCGAUUGUUAUUAUGGCAAAUAUAAGAUUGGACAGGAACAAAGAGUGAUUGUUACAGAAAUAGAAGAAACAUUCACUUUUUUUUGUUAAGCAGUCUAUUCACUUGUGACUGAAGUGUGCGUCGUCCAUGAACGUGUAAUUGCUACACAAAUGUUGUAAUUGUAUAAAUGUUUGUUGAAAAUGCAUGUAUUCUGUUUUUCAAGUACAUGUAUUACUCAUUA